CUCUUAGAGUAGUACAGAAUAUUCAUUUCACGUCGAUUCUUCGACAGCGUUUAUACUAAAUGUACGUACGUCCUAGAUCAUGGCAUUGACACUUCUCUCUGGAUAUCUUUUGAUGCGUAUUAAACACUUUAACAUUAGUUUUGUUACGUUUAAAAGUACCCCAUUAAAGAGCGGGUGAGCCGUUGUAAGGGAAUCUGUACGUGGUGGACUCCUGUGAAGGAAUUGGCGUGUGUGUGCCGUAAUCCGCGAUUUUUGAAGUGGAGACAUAACGCCUGAUGUAGGCCUAUUAAUUUGUUUAAUGUGGUGUUCUGAGAUGUUGUGAGUGGUUUGACUAAGCUGAAGUUUUAAGUUCAAUUUUCUGCUGUAGCUGAAAGAAAAUCUGAGCGAUGGUGGGGAAGGCGUUACGGACGAGCUACAAAGUGAAGAAGCUGUUUAGAAAAAACUACUUUCGUUUCGUGGUUUAUAUCUUUGCGCAUCACCAGCUAAGCGAUUCAUAAAGGAUGUUCCAGAAAGACAAGAGGAUGUUGGUGGCCGUCGGUGGGAUCUUUGUGCUGCUUCUGGCCAUCGCAACGGCCGAAUUGAGAGAGUCGUGGUUCGAGUACAGAGCCAGGACUCAGAGGGAGGUCAAGAAGAAGGCCAGGACUUCCUUAGAUGCCAACAUAGAACUUGGAGAGCUCCACUCGCGACAGAAGCGCUCCAUCGCCUUCCCAACAGGAUCAACUUUUACCAUCACUCCCGUGCUUUGCAUUCCUGUCGUUUCUGUGGGAGAUCUGACUGGGUAUCUUGACAUCGAACUUCCGUUUACCAUAAAACUGCCCAAUGCUACCCAGGUCACGUAUGGUCGAAUGGACAAUGACAGAAUGGGCAUAUACUCGGUUCUCAUCGAUACCAUUAGCAGGUUCGGUCUAGACGGCAAGUCCUGUUUGCUGAGAGCUGUGUGUGAGGUGGCGGAGUCCCCCCUGAGAGACGACGGCCUCUUGGGAGAAAUUAUCAACAUUGUUCUCACGGCUUCUUAUGGGACCACGUCCAACGAACUCUACGACUACGUCAACGCGGAAUACUACGGCAGAGCCUACGGCAGCUGCUGGUCGGCGUAUCCCGACUGCCCAGUGUCCAUCUUCAAAGUGUUCGACACUAACCACGAGCUUUGAUUACGAAGAUGGAGUUAGAUUAAGCCUUCGACCUUUUGGUUCCUUUUUGCUUAAAGGUAUCCUCUUCUUUUCCUCUCAGUCACGGAACUUGGAGUUCUGUCUGCUCUUCUUCAAAUGAUGAGUCGAUAUUUUUGUAAACUUGUAAUAAAACUACAAAGUUGAGGGUUUAAGUCUUCGAUACAUCUCGUCUCACUUUCAGCGUGUAUAACUGAAGAAGAGGCGAAAUGCUGCAGAUCUCCAAACUUGUGGUUUUGUUAUAUUUACAAAAAAAAAAAAAAAAAAAAAAAAAAAAUAA